UCAUGUAAACAAACCCACACUGGGCAUGCGUCACCGCCGUAAUGGAGGACCGUCUUUUCUACCAGGACUUCGCGUCUAUCUUUCUACUCCGUUAACUCGCGGCCUGUUAGGCCGAGCGUCACGUCCCCGUUGCUUCUCACCUGCCAGCAGAAAGAGGACAUCCCACGAUGAGCGGGGACUCAUCCGCCCAGGGUCCGGCCCCUUGCAGGAUCAUGACGUUCACGCCAUCUAUGGAGGACUUCCGAGACUUCCGCCGCUACGUGGCCUACAUGGAGUCUCAGGGAGCGCACCGAGCCGGGAUGGCCAAGGUGAUCGCGCCCAAAGGCUGGAGGCCCCGGAAGACGUAUGACGACAUGGACGAGCUGGUCAUUCCUGCUCCCAUCCAGCAGGUGGUGACGGGCCAAUCGGGACUCUUCACACAGUACAACAUCCAGAAGAAGCCCAUGACCGUGCAAGAGUUCCGCAAGACCUCCAACUUGGACAAGUUCUGCCAUCCGCAGUAUGUGGACUUUGACGAGCUGGAGCGUAAGUUUUGGAAGAAUCUAACGUUCAAUCCGCCACUUUACGGAGCCGAUGUCAGCGGGAGUCUCUACGACCCGGACGUGAGCGAGUGGAACAUCGGCCGCCUGGACACCAUCUUGGACACGGUGGAGCACGAGAGCGGCGUAAAGAUUAAAGGAGUCAACACGCCUUAUCUUUACUUUGGCAUGUGGAAGGCUGCCUUUGCCUGGCACACGGAGGACAUGGACCUAUACAGCAUCAACUACUUGCACUUUGGAGAGCCCAAGUCCUGGUACGCCGUCCCGCCGGAACACGGGAGGAGAUUGGAGCGUCUUGCCAAGGGUUUCUUUCCUGGCAACGCCCAAAGCUGCGAGGCCUUCUUGCGCCACAAGAUGACCUUGAUCUCGCCGUCCAUCCUCAAGAAGUACGGAAUCCCCUUUGAAAAGGUGACACAGGAAGCGGGCCAGUUUAUCGUCACCUUCCCGUUCAGCUACCACGCCGGAUUCAACCACGGCUUCAACUGCGCCGAGUCCACCAACUUUGCCAUGCAGCGCUGGAUCGACUACGGCAAACACGCCACGCUGUGCUCGUGCCGCCAGGACAUGGUGAAGAUCUCCAUGGACGUGUUUGUGCGCAAGUUCCAGCCGGAGCGCUACAAGCUUUGGAAGGCGGGCAAGGACAACGCUCCCAUUGACCAUGCCGAGCCCACGCCGGAGGCCGCCAUCUUCCGAAAAGAAAGCCCGACUCCCGGCGAAGACGCGGGCGACUGCGACCGCCCGCCCGCUAGCCCAAAGGCUCAGACAGCCACGAAGCGACCGCUCGAUGCCGCCGAGGACAUCAAAGGCGAAUUGGCUCAAGAGGAGGCGGAGCCCAAGAAGGCCAAGAUGGAGGCUCCCGCCCAAGUCGAGCCAGACACGCACGAUCAGACAGUCAAAUUGGAGUUCAAGCCUCAGAAGACAGAAGAAAUUGAAAAAGAGAACCAAGAAGAAGAAAAGCCUGAGAGACGAGAAAGUUCACCAAGGAAAGAGGACGAGGAGGAGGUUGAGCCUGCCACAAACCAUGCGCCCGAGCCCGCACAAAGCCAGGCGGUUCCGCCGAGCUCGGCGGAGGUGGGCGGUGAGGACCGCGGUCCGAGCGGCGGCGGCGGCGUGUCGGCACACAAAGCGUUCCAGAGGACGCUGAGCCCUGCCGAUGUCCUGCACGUGCACAGUUACGCCAAAGGAGACUAUGCCGAGGAAGAGGCCGCGCCCAAAAACGAAAACGACGACGAUGGCGGCAGGGGCCACAAAGACGUCAACAAAGUGAGUCCUGAUGAUAGGUCAGAAGAGGCUCGAGGCGCCGCGCGGCAGAAUGAUCUGGGCCAGCUCCCCGGACACCACCCGCUCAUCAAGGACAGCGAUGAAGAAGCUCCAGACGAGGCAUCCCCUGUGGCGGAGGGGGGCCUGGAGGGGGAGAGCUGGGCCAAGCCUCUGGCCCACCUGUGGCAGAGUCGACCCCCCAACAUGAAGAAGGAGCGCGAGUUCAACAGGAGGGCGGGCUCCAAGCCGCCCUACUGCUCCGUUUGCUCGCUCUUCAUCGCCUACCAGCAGACGGAAGGCGCGAGCGGCACCAAUGCGCCCGUCAUGGCCGCGAAUGGGCACAUGCGCACCAAGCCGCUGAUCCCGGAGGCGUGCUUCGCCACCACCACCGAGGAAGACUCGGAGUGCGAGGAGCCGCCGGCGACGCCGCGUCUGGAGGAAGACGGGACCAGCCUCCUGGUCAGCUGCUCGCACUGCAGCGUCCGCGUCCACGCCAGUUGUUAUGGAGUCGAUCCUGCCAGUGUCAGCAAGGACUGGAAGUGCGCCCGCUGCAAAGCCAACGCCAUGACGGAGAACUGCUGCUUGUGCUGUCUGCGGGGGGGCGCGCUGCAGAAGGCCAACAACAACAAGUGGGUGCACGUCCUGUGCGCGGUGGCCGUGCUGGAGGCUCGCUUCGUCAACGUCACGGAGAGAAGUCCUGUGGACCUGAGCGGCAUCCCACUGCAGAGAUUUAAACUGAAGUGUUACUACUGCAAAAAGCGUAUGAAGAAGGCGUCGGGCUGCUGCGUGCAGUGUUCGCACGGGCGCUGCCCCACCGCCUACCACCCGACGUGCGCGCAGGCCGCCGGCGUGCUCAUGCAGCCCGACGACUGGCCCUUCGUCGUGCACGUCACUUGCUGCCGACACAAAGGACCCUCGCACAUCCAGCGCAACAAGGCGGCCAUGCAGGAGCUGACGGUGGGCCAGAAGGUGAUCUGCAAGCACAAGAACGGACGCUACUACCAGUGCGACGUGGUGCAGCUCUCCAAGGAAACCUUCUACCAGGUCAACUUUGACGACGGCUCCUUCAGCGACAACCUCUUCCCCGAGGACAUCGUGAGCCGCGACUGCGCCCAGUUGGGUCCGCCCCCCCAGGGCGAAGCGGUGCAGGUGCGCUGGCCGGACGGCUUGGUCUACGGUGCCAAGUUUGUGGCGUCCCGCGUCGUCCAGAUGUACCUGGUGGAGUUCGAGGAUGGCUCUCAGCUGACGGCCAAGCGGGACGACGUCUACUCGCUGGAUGAGGAGCUGCCCAAGAGGGUCAAGUCCAGGCUGUCCAAAGCGUCGGACAUGCGCUUCGACGGCAUCUUCGAGGGGAAGGAGAUCAUCCGGGAGUCCAAGAGGCAGCGGGUCAUCAACUCGCGUUACCGCGGCGACUACAUCGAACCGGUCAUCUACAGAGCCAUUAUGGAGUAGCUCACCAGUGAGGUGACCUGCUCCCACCGCCAGGACCACUUGGGACUCCUUUUUUGUAACUUUUUUUUUCAAAAAUCAGGACUUUUUUUAUUCUUCUAAACAGAGGUAAGGGCAGUAUUUUUUUUUUCUCCUUCUCCAAAAGGAGAAAAAGGACGGCAAAGUAUUUCAUUUCAUUGACCUCACAUUUGUUUCCGGGAAAGUGUCUUCACGCCGUUCGACGCCUCUGACAUCAUGCACUUGCGAAAGCCCACACAUGGGAACAAAUUGUCCACAUUACCUGGGCACAUAAUGCGGAUGCGGACUGGCUGUCGACUUCUAUGUCUGGUGAAGCAAAUGAAGCACACCUUUGCAAGAAACUUUAUUGAGAAAAAGGUGCGCUCCAUUUGCUGAAAUAACAGUGCCGACUUAGACCAGUUCAAUUUGGCCGCAAAUUAGCAUUUUGUGCGCAAGUUUUUUUUUAAAUCUUGUCAACAUUUUUAAUCCAACCCCCCACACCAUGUGUGGGGCUCGGUGUUUUUUCACCAGUUCACAUGACGGCAUGCGCGCUCUGCUAAUCCCAAACGCAGGUGUGCGCGGUUGUUUUUUUUUAAACCUGUACAGUACUUGGUGCUUUUCAACGCCUUUUUUUUUUUUUUACACAAAAAAAUCCAUAAAGCAAUCAUGACCACGUUAGCUUUGCCGCCCGCCUAGCUUGUCACGGAUACAUUUUUAAAAACGUGUAUAUUAGAUUAAAAUUUAAAUAUGUAUGUGCCAUUAAAAAAGGAAAAAAAGCAGCUCCGCUGACAGCAAGGCGAUAAACAAGCUUAGCUAAGCUAACGUACCCUAACGUGUCAUUGUGCCUGAUGGGCGCCCCCCCCUCCCCAAUGUGUCACAGAUGCUAUUUUUUCUACCACAAACAGAAACGUUUUUUAAAAGAUUUGACUUUUUUUAAUGUCUUCCCUUCCACUUUGUAAUUUAAAUUGAAAGCGCUUUUAACUUUUAGCAGGGCAGCUUGUGUAGCUUUGGCGAGAGAUU